AUCAGCAUAUCUUACGUAAUCAGAUCGCAAUCCCGCCUAGGCAAAUUCACGAUAACUUGCAUCUCGCAUUACAGGUCCUCAAUACUCCAUUCACGUUCUUUUUAAUCUGCGAUAAUGGCUACAGCCUCCGAACUCGAUAAAAUCAGGUAUAACCCGAUCAAGGAACGGCUAGGUGCCUUCCGCCGUCUCUUUGAAUCUAUACGUUCUGAUCUUGGUGCCGCGUCGUCGUCCGGUGCCGUUCAAAUUGUCUUUGCAACGGCUACCACCCCAGUUAUCAAAAACCUAGUACUCGACCUCAUCCAAGCUCUGCAGAUCGAACCAGCUGCUCGUACCCUCCCUUCCCGAAUAGCUAACAGAACUGUCUCUGGCGACCUUGCUAUACUAUACGGGCGCGUAGAUUCGAACCAAUUAGAUAUCGUAUUAGCUAUCCCUCUAGUAGAACUGAUUAUCAGGAAUGAACCUGGUAUACCGACUUCGAAUAAUACGGAUAUUUGGCAUACUAUAUUUGAGUUAAUUAUACGAACGAAUUCUCCGAUACCACCGACUGCCUUUGAGAAAGCCGUCUUCGAUAUGCUACUACGAUCCAGCUCGGCUUCUCAGAGAAGGAUUAAGCAGAUAUAUAACGAAGUUAACCAGCGGAUACUCGAGGAACUUACCGGGCAUAUCUACUACGAUAUCGGAGGCUUCUAUAAGUAAUACUUCAAAGGGAAGUCUUGGACAAAUAAGGCAAGAAAUAUCUAUAAGAAGUCGAGAGCUCAAUAUACCAAAGGUUACUAGAGUAGUUGGCCGGAAUCUUUACUUUAAGGUUCUUUUUUUAAGUAGUUUAUAAAGUUCUAGGAUAUUAUCCUUAGUAAACUUAAUUACAGGUAUUAUAUAUUAGUAAAUAAAGUAUUAAGGGGCUCGGAGGCUAAUUAUAAGCUUGAUAUUUUCCUUAU